UCGGAGUCCUCAAAAAAAAGCGUUUGGAGGGGAGUGGGGUAGGAGGCCCGGAGGGCUAGUAGUGAAAAAACAUCCUUGGGCGCGAAACGUUUUUCUAGGCGAUGCGCAGGCGUGGAAAAGAUUUUGGGGGAAGAUAUGAGUAGGUCAUUUUCGAACACCUCAAACCUCUCCCACUCCGCUGCUGGGCACCCUGGUAGUACGUUGACUCACCCGUUGUAUUCUCUCAUUGGCGGCCAUCGUGCGGUCGACUAUCCUUGGUCAUUCAUAUCCCUUUUCAGCAGUAGCACCAGCCAUAGCUCGAGCACGAAAAAGGAGGCAACAAGAGGCGACAAAAGGCAACAUAAGGCAACUUGAGCAUGCAUCGGGACGAGGCAUCUUCAAACCAGUUGAGAUGACAACGACAAUGGUGCGCGCUCUGCAAAAGCAGCUGCUGGAGGAUUCAAAGCAACACUUGAGGGACAAGAGUACCACAGGGAAAAACCUAGGAAUGAGGUCCAAACAUUAGGUCUGCAAGUACUAUGAGACCCAAUUCGAUGGGAUAGCGACAAACUUUCUCCACUGGUGACAACCUUGAGUAGGGUAGAGUUCAGAUUUGUGCUCAUUUUGCCUAGGGAAGCUGUCUCCUCGGAAACAGUGACCGAGGUUCUUUCAGACCAUAACGGGAAGAGGUGUGUGUUUGCGUUGUGAUCGAUUUGAUAACCUGAGCCUUGGGGAAUGGGCCCCCGUUUGUAAAAAAAAAAAUUAUAAAAAAUAAAGAAGUGCAGCUUGG